CCCCUGGAUUGUUUCUGUGAAGAUUCUUAAAAGAAGGAAUGUCUCACUAACAGUGCUCUCACGUGCACACGCCCUGGGGCUUUCUAUCAAUCUACGGAUGAGACACUUCAAGAAGCGCGAGGUUCAGGAGUGCAACUUUUCUUAUUUCUUAAUCUCAGUGGAGCUGUGCUUUGGUGAAUCGAAGACUUACUUGAAGACUGAAAUAACUUCUUCGGCAGGGAAUAACUCAACAAUGAGACAGCGAUGGGUUCAUUCGCAUGGAUAUCUAAUCUAUCUGCUUCUGCUGACUUUAUGGCGUGCAUGUUCUGAGGCAGAUGUAUCCGGCUCAGAUGCCUUUAAAAACAACAUCACCCUCUUCACACGGAUUUUGGACCGUCUGCUUGAUGGCUACGACAACAGGCUGAGACCUGGUCUUGGAGAUCGAGUAACAGAGGUAAAGACUGAUAUCUAUGUGACCAGUUUUGGACCAGUAUCAGAUACAGACAUGGAAUAUACUGUGGAUGUGUUUUUCCGUCAGCGCUGGACAGAUGAGCGGCUGAAGUUUAACGGGCCAAUGAACAUCCUGCGUCUCAACAACCUGAUGGCCAGUAAAAUCUGGACUCCAGACACCUUCUUUCACAACGGCAAGAAAUCUGUGGCUCACAACAUGACCAUGCCUAACAAACUACUGCGGAUUAUGGAGAACGGCACUCUACUGUACACUAUGAGGUUGACAGUGCAAGCUGAAUGCCCAAUGCAUCUUGAGGACUUUCCAAUGGACUUCCAUUCCUGUCUGCUUAAAUUUGGCAGCUAUGCUUACACUCUGACAGAGGUGACGUAUGUUUGGACUCGUAAUGCCACCUUAUCAGUGGAAGUAGCUCCAGAUGGAUCUAGACUUAACCAGUAUGACUUAAUGGGUCAGACUGUUGGCAAGGAAUCCAUCACGUCCAGUACUGGUGAAUAUACAGUGAUGACUGCCCAUUUCCAUCUGAAGAGGAAGAUUGGGUACUUUGUGAUCCAGACAUACCUUCCUUGCAUAAUGACCGUCAUCUUGUCCCAAGUCUCUUUUUGGCUCAAUCGAGAGUCUGUCCCCGCACGCACAGUUUUUGGUGUGACUACAGUGCUAACAAUGACCACUCUGAGUAUCAGCGCUCGAAACUCUUUACCAAAGGUGGCCUACGCCACAGCCAUGGACUGGUUCAUUGCUGUGUGCUACGCGUUUGUUUUCUCUGCCCUCAUCGAGUUUGCCACAGUAAACUACUUCACCAAGCGCAGCUGGGCCUGGGAUGGCAAGAGCAUUGUCAAUGAUAAGAAAAAGGAAAUAUCCGUUAUUAAAAAGAAUAAUGCAUAUGCAGUCGCUGUGGCAAACUACGCACCCCACAUUGGGAAGGACUCGGCUCUGCCCACUGUCUGUAAAAGUGCCACAGCGGAGCCCAGUAAAGCUCAUCCAGUGGCUAAAGAGGCACUGAAGACCUUCAACAGCGUCAGCAAGAUUGACCGUAUGUCCCGCAUCAUCUUUCCAGUGCUAUUUGGCAGUUUUAACCUGGUUUAUUGGGCCACAUAUCUCAACAGAGAGCCUGUUAUUAAGAACAUGGUGCCCUCUCAGUGAGUCAUUAGCUAUUGCACAUGCAAUCAUCCCUCUAUUCUACAAAAAUUGUUUUUGUUUCUGUAUGCCAGCAUUAAGAAAUUAACACAUUUUACAGCCUCCUUGCAAUCUUACCUCUGCCAGGACAAUUUAAAGAGCAGCUUAUCAUAGUUUUGCAGGAUAAACUGACUUAUUUCCACAGCUUUAUUUUUUUGUAUGUUGUUAUGUGUUUUCCGGGUAUUUAACUGAUUGUUUUUUUCCAUGCCUAUUUCUGCAGAGUUUUUUUUUUUUUUAUAUCAACUUGAAUUUAUACCAAGUGUUUGUGUCAAUGUGUUUUGGCUCAAUUCUGAAUAAAGCUCACAGGUAUUGUGCAUAAACGAAAUACUGUUUAAAAUGGAAGUGCAUACUAAAUGUGAUAGCUAUGUAAUUUUGUUAUAACUGCAAUACAGUAUCUGUAAGACAGAUCACUGCACCUUUAUAUUGACUGAUGUAGCAUUUCAAGUCAAAUUAAGUGUGGCACCUUAUUUUUACUCUCAUCACGCACCUGUGCCUCUAAUUCUCUCAUGGUUUAAAGGUAAAUGAUUCAGUGAGUAUUUUUGUGGUCACUUUGAUCCAUGAGCACAGUCUCAAGUGGAAUUAGCACAGUAUUUUAGCCACCGCUGUUUCUUUGGUUCACAGUUAAUGGAAAAUGCUGCUGUGAUUUAACCAAAAUGUUGACAUUUUUAAUUAGCUUGGGUUGAAAUUAGAGCAAUAGGUUGGUCUUACUGUAUGUGUUACUCAAACAGUGAACCUUCUAAGGUCCAGGCCACUGAUACUCACAUUAGCUUAAUGUUGCAACAGUGAUGUGAAUGUUGUUCAUAUGGUAUUUCAAUAUGUCUAUUGUAGCUUCAUGAUAAAUGCAGAUAAUGGUUGUAAUGGGCUUCUCAGUAUGAUGCAUAUGGCUACUGAUGCUAUGAAAAUGGGAAUCAAAAUGUAUAUAUCUCAAUAUAUCAUCUGUCAAACUGUUUCAGAGUUUUCAUUACUAACAUCAACCAUCUUGACAAGUGUGAACGCUUGAAUGAACUACUGUGCAGCUUUUCAAUUUGCCAUACAGUUCUUGGUUUUCACUCCCCUGUUGACUGAAAUAAAGUAUCGUCAAAGCC